UUCAAGUGAACUUUGCAAGUGCAACGCGAGUCUGGAAAUAGAGCGCCGCGCCGAAAUUGCUAAACUAGCUAGUGCAUUUUGUGCACGUCCAUUUUCUACCUGGCCAAGUGACGUGCGUGAGUUUGAUCAUAAUUCCCAGCCUCUAGUCCACAACCAUGCCCAUCUGGAUGGUGUUUGUGUUCAUGGUUUAGGUUGCACUGAAAGGUUGAAGAUGGGGAAUACAAUAGAACAUCCGUCUGUGGAGCUUCCCCCGGAGAAGCUGGUGAUGGUCACAGGUGGAAACACUGGGAUUGGAUAUGAAACAGCAAAGUCCAUAGCUGAGAUGGGAGCAAGAGUUUGCAUCGCGUGUCGCUCAGAGGACAAAGCUAAAGCGGCUAUAGAACGGAUGCAGGAAGAACAUAAGAACGAAAUGCAGAAGAGAAGUCCUGCAGAGAAUGCUGCUGCCCAGGCGUCAUCCCAACCCACUAGUGAAGAAAUUGAAAUCAAGCCACUGAAUGUGGAGUACAUCAAAGUGGAUCUCGCCUCGUUGCAAUCCACCAUGGACUUCAUUCAGAAGACCAAGGAGAGGAUGCAGUACCUUAAUAUCUUGGUCUGCAAUGCUGGCAUUGCCUUUGUCAAACAAGAAUACACAGAGGAUAAAUACGAGUCGCAAUUCCAAGUCAACUACCUGUCACAGCUCCUCAUUGUGCUGCAUCUCAUGCCGCUGCUGCGGGCUGGUGCCCCCGACUCCCGCAUUGUUCUCCUGUCAUCAGAGGCGCAUAAAGGUGGGAAACUGGACCUGGACAACAUGCAGGGCCGCAAAUCCUUCAGUCGGCUUACAGCCUACGCCUCAUCCAAGGCCUACAUGGUCAUGGCAGCACACUUUCUUGCUCGGAGACUGGAAGGGACCGAAGUGAGCACUUUCUCUAUUGAUCCUGGACUUGUGGACACGAAUAUUAUGAAUAACUUCAGUGAUUUGAAACUGAUGAGCUUUUUCGUUGGAGCUUAUAACAAAUUUGGUAUGAUGCGUACUCCGAAACAGGGGGCUGCUACAAGUGUCGUGGCCUGUGUUGAUCCAAGCCUUCGUGGGAAAACUGCAGUGUUCAUGAAGAAUUGUCGACCUGCUAACCCUGCAACCUUCUGUUGGGAUGGCAAAAAACAGGAGGACCUUUGGGGUUACAGUCUUGGAUGUCUCAACCAGUUCAUCUCUGAUGGUGUGCUCAAAGAAGCCUUCCCAUCAGCGAGGCCAGAUCUGCUGACCAUUCCCAAGGACACAAGGACAGUCGAAGAGAAGAUUGCUGAUGAUUCAGGGAAGAAAGAAGGGAGUUCAGAUGACAAAGAGAUGGGAAACAAAUCCAAAGGAGGAGAGGCAUCUUUGGAGAGGAAGCAGGAUGAGGAGCAACCAGAGAUAGAGUCUUCAUCUGGAGCUACAGAGGUACCCUCUGAAAAAGUCAAGGCAUCGCAGGAACCAUAUGGGGCUAAUUUAGAAGAAAAGAUACCUGAAGACACACUCAAAGAUGAAGACAACGAACCCAAGGCAUCCUCCAAACAGGAGCAGACAGAAGAGCAGCCGAAAAGAGAAUUACCAUCUGCAGCUGCAGAAUUACCCACUGAAAGGGUUAAGGCAGAGGAAAAACCCAGUGGGCAGGUUUCAGAGGAAAGGGGCGUGACAGAUAAUGCAGAAAAUAAGUAAUUAGCAGCUGAGAACUGCAGCAUCUUCAGAUAAUAAGCAGGUGUAGAACAACCAGAGAGGGAACCUUCAGCUCAGCCAGCUUCUGAAAUUGACCAGACAUCAGGAGAACCGAAGGCAGAUAAUGGGGAAAUCUGCAGGAGAUGAGGUGCAGAAGUUCAAGAAGGUGUACCGAUCACAGUUGGCUCCUAGCGACAGGUGCUCAGAUCAUUGAAGCUAAUAAAAACAUUUACAAGAGGCCAAACUUGGCCAAAAAUUAUCAAGGUGGACUCCAUUAAAGAGAUUUGUGAUGAACUGAAAAUUUGGUGAAAUCUAAAUAAUAUUCAAAUUCACAAGGUUUAGGUGUAUAUUAAAGACCACAAGGUAUCGAAGAAAGAUUAAACCUUGGCAGAAACUGCCAGAGAGACUAUUUGGUCAUAGUACGUGAUGAGAUCUAGACUUGUAGAUAGUCCAGGCAAAAUACUUUAUUUUUGAAGUGAACCUCACACAAAUUGCAACAGAUUUUUUUUUUCAUCACAUUGCACUUAUGUAAGGUCCCUAGAAUGGUGUAGUAACAGUCUUAAAAAUCCAAGUGGUGGAAAUAUGCCUAAUUUGCAUAAAUCGUUAAUACCUCUCCGGUAAUAUAUUUGUUCCCAUAUUUGGGUAUAUAUAUAUAUUUUUUUUAAAGUUUAUUUUAGUGAUUGUACUUACACAUCCUUACUUCAAUAACACAAAAUUCACAACAAAAAAAGAUUAGUGUUGCGUACAAUAAUUGUGUCAAUGUCAGAAUGUUUUUUUACCAAUAAUUUUGGGAAUUUCCUUGAACUUGUUCAAGUCCCACCGUUAGGCAUCCCAUCACCUUUUUUCAGCCCCGAAUUUACGGACACCUUGUUUUCCCUGUUUUUUGUUUGCUGGGCUAAAUAUCACAAUGUUAUCAUUGUUCACAUGAUUUUCAAUAAAGUUUUAGUAGGGGAACUGUGCCAGUAAGCAACUUGGUGAAUUUGAAGCUCAUCGGUGUUGAGGUUUGGCAAGACUACUUGAUGAUAUCUGGAGAUGAUGUCUCUAGAAAAAAAAUCCUGGCGACGCCCAUACUUGUUAGUUCACAAUUCUCAAGAUACAUUGUAUUUACUUCGGACGACUGGAAUCAUUGAUAUUUUCUUAAAGUCCCUUACUUAUUAAUUAACCUUGCCUUACUGGUUUCUUUUGUAAGAUUUUGAUGAAAUUUGAGUGUUGUUUACUUAAUCUAAUUAUUGUAAAGUAGUUGAUUCGUUGAUGAUGGUUUUCAUACAUGCCUUGUAAUUUCAUAUUGACCAUUUAAUCAACUCGAAAAGUAUAUUUUUGUAUUUGGGUUUUGGGCAUGUUGGAUACAUGUAUUCCUAUAUUAGUUCAGUUCAAUUUUAUUCAAUUCAAUUCGAAAUACGUUAUCCUUAAAAAGGCAAUUACAUGUACAUAUAGUUGGACAGCUCACUAUAAGGACACUAUAAGUAAGUAAAUAUAUGAAAUUGUAAACAAUUACAAACUACAUGUACUUAUAUCUAGAUUUAGUUGCUUAAAAUUCUUUGGUAAUUAUUGUUUCUUUUGUAAUUGACUUUGUUGGAUUGGAAUUUUCUAAAGCAUUGCAUUUGAUGGAAAUUAUUUCAUCUUUUCAGAAUUGUAUUCCUAAGAUGCAGUUACGCCAUAAAAAGAACACGGAACAGACCUAUCCAUCCAAUAUGUCCUAGGUAUGUCGCAUUUUUCGGGUGUUACAUAUUAUUAAAAAAAUGGACCAAAUUGUUCAUUCGUAGCAAGGCAAGAGCUGGUUUAUUCCA